AUGGCCAUUCUUCAUUCCACUUCCGCCUUGGUCCUUGUCGGAGUGAUACUCUUCCUUAUUUUCUAUGAUAUGUGGUAUGUGCUCCCGACGAUAUUCGAUCCUGAGGGGCUCGUUUAUGGCUUACACUGGCUCUUGGUGGUAUUCCUCGUCUGCAAUGUCCUAGGCAAUAUGUGGGCUGCUUUCCACUGCGACACUUCGGUGGCAAGUCUGGCAAUAGGUCGCCAGAAGCCGGCUGAGGGCGAAGCUCACCUCUGGCACUACUGCUCCACCUGCCAGUUGCAAGUUCCGCCACGCUCGUGGCACUGCAAAGCAUGCAACUGCUGCAUUCUGAAGCGCGAUCACCACUGCACCUUUGUGGCAAACUGCGUGGGGCACAAAAAUCAACGGCACUUCCUUGGCUUCGUUUUUCACCUGUUCCUCGGCAGCGGUCUGGCACUUAUUUACAAUGGGAUCUACACCUGGAAAUACGGAUCAUUUUUAGUAGCAGAUCCACUGCUUAUGGUAGCCAGUUUGGCCAAUAAUAUCACCGACUACGACGCUAUGAGCUGGAAGUUCGUAGUGGCCACCAUUUUCAAGCUUAAUUUGUUCGCAUUUGUGGUAGCACUCGUCAUGUUUUCCUUUCAGAUGAUUCUGGCGUGUCGGAACAGUACAUGCUACAAGAUAUUUGAUCGGACUUACAAUCUUGGUUGGCGGCAAAACCUUAAGGUCGUCUUAGGAAAUCGUCUCUUUUGGAUUUUUCUCUGGCCCACGAUUAAGAGUCCUUUGCCACACGAUGGAUCCCAGUGGUACAUAGAGCCCAGUGGCAAAAAAAUUAAUAUUAUUUAG